AUUAUCAGAGUCAGAGAACAGUGUUUCCUCAGUAAAGGUUGGGCUGACUUGUGCUUUCAGAGUGGAUUUCAGGUAAAAGGGGAAUACAGCUAUCAAAACCAAUGGUCAGACACGCUGAAGUCAGUCCACAGAAAAACUCAAGCGUAACUUCACCUGCAGCCCAGUGUUGACUGAGGAAGGACAUCUCAUUUUCUUGAUCAGGAAGGAACAUCUGCAUCUGAAGAACUGCAGCCAUGGUGUCAGCUGACAAUCUAACAACAUAUUUAUUAGAGGUAAUCCUGUCACAUCCGGUCUUAACCUCUGCUUUAGUUCUGGCCACUCUCGCUGCCAUCCGUUGGUACGUCAGAGAUUCCUAUAAGGUUGACAGCUUCAGCCAGAAACACGUGUUCAUCACAGGCUGUGACAGUGGCUUUGGGAACCUGCUGGCCAGGCAACUCGAUGGAAAAGGUUUCCACGUCAUAGCCGCUUGUCUCACAGAGGAAGGUGCGUCAGAUUUGGCAGCAGCAGCCUCCCCCAGGCUGAAGACCAUCCUGCUGGAUGUUACAGACAGUGAGAGCAUCAGGAGGGCGGCGGAGUUUGCGAGCAGAGAGGUCGGAGAGCGAGGUCUGUGGGGGCUGGUGAAUAACGCAGGCAGGUCCACCCCCAUCGGCCCAACAGAAUGGAUGCAGCUGAAGGAUUUCACAAAGGUUUUGGAUGUGAAUCUGAUGGGAGUCAUUGAGGUGACUCUCCAGUUUCUGCCACUGCUGAAGAAAGCCCGGGGCAGGGUGGUCAAUGUGGCCAGUAUUCUGGGCAGACUGUCUCUCACCGGUGGAGGAUACUGCCUGUCCAAAUAUGGAGUGGAAGCCUUUUCUGACAGCCUCAGGAGGGACAUGCAGCACUUUGGUAUCAAAGUAAGCAUUAUUGAACCUGGAUUCUUCAAGACAGGCGUCACACGGCUGGAUCUUAUCGAAGCCGACCUGAAGAGGCUGUGGGCUUGUGUUCCUCAAGACGUUAAAGCCUCAUAUGGAGCCACAUACUUUGACGACUAUGUGAAAGCUCAGGACUUCUCCAUGGGCAUCUUGUGCAGUCCAGAUAUCUCCAAGGUGACCAGGUGUAUGGAGCAUGCGCUGACGGCUUGUUUCCCACGCACACGUUACAGUGCAGGCUGGGAUGCCAAGCUGUUUUGGAUUCCUCUCUCCUAUCUCCCUUCAUUUGUUUCAGACUUUGUUACCAAUGUGCUUCUUCCUUCACCUAAAGCUGUCAGAAACAUCUAGCAGACCACUUGUAAAAAACACAAAAAAGUGUUAUAAUGUUAUAAAAUUAAACAUUAUAAUAAGGAGUUUGAAAAAAAAAAAACCUGUCCAGUCUGUGUUACAAAAUAGGAAAUUUAUUCAUUCAUGUCUCAGCAGCAGCAAUUUAAACCACAUGGGCGUAUUCUGGAUGAUCACAGGUACAGUUUUUAUUUGUCUUCAUUGUGAUACAAAAUAAAUCAUUCUGUAAAGAAUUUCUUCA